UAGACCGCAGUAACCCACAGAACUGCGCGCAGGAGAACUCCACACUCGCACUCUGGGUCCCAAGGAUCAGUGGCUGAGUGAGGAUGGUUUGAUGGCUCGCUCGGAGAUGAGACUGAGUGGCAAUCCUGCUGGCGAUGGCUUUGCUGAGGGCCAGGCUAUACAGGGUAUGAGUACCCAUCACCUCCCAGAGUGGCUUCACGGGAACAUCUCCAGGAGACAUGCUGAAGAGUUACUGCAGGAUAAGCCUCUGGGAUGCUUUCUCGUGCGAUUCAGUGAGAGUCGGAAUGGCUAUACCUUGUCCUUCAGGGGCCCCGUUCAGUUCCGACAUUUCAUGAUCGACGUGAUGCCAGACGCUCGCUGUAUUAUCUCCGGAGAGACGCGGGUUCACAGGUCACUGCAGGAGCUGGUGUCGUUUCACACUCACGUUCCUAUCAGGCCCUACGACGAGUAUCUUACAGUCCCCUGCGGGCAGAUCUGGCGAUGCUCGCAGUUUUACCUGAGCCCCAGUUCAGCUCUGAGCCCUACGCAGAUGGUGAAGACUAGGAGCGGAGAACCGUGCUCGCUCAGCCCUGCGUUGGGAAAAGAACGACUGACGUCGCCUUCGGGCUGUUUCUCUGCCGCCAACAUCGCCCCACUGUCACCGAGCUCUGCUUCUCCAGCGGCUGCUAAACCUCUGCUGCUGCCAAAACCACUCAAGUUCCAGGCGGGCACAUUGGUUCCUCCCCCACUGCCUUCCCGGAAAGGGCUGGUCGUCAGCCCAGGCGCCCAGCUCGACCCAACGAUCCCCAGCCGGGUCCCAGUGGCAGCCAGUGAUGACAGCAGAGGGCCUGUGAAAAAACUGUACCCAUCGCUCCAAAGUGAACUCAGGGCAUUGCUACAGGGGAACCAGAUUCCCACACCCAAGGCGACGACAGCUUCUCAUCUUCCAGCCACAACGCUUCCGAGACACAAUUCCGAGGAGGGGGCUGGCUUUGACGGAGCCCAGAGAAACUCAAGCUCCGAAGGACAGAAGCAGAAGAUGGUCGCGUCCCAGGAUGACGUUUACAGUGAGAUUGACGUUGCCCAGCACGCUCGCAGGUUGCAGAGUCAACCUCCCAUUUGGUGCCCUCAGCAGCCAAGUCUAGGGAUGACGUCUCAAGGUAACACGGCAAGUGCCCCAGAGGCAGCAUCAGGAGGAGGAGGAGAAGGAGGCAGCCUUUCGGCCAGACUGAAGGGCCAAACCGCUCUCCUUAAUAUCAAAGAAAUUAUUUCCAAAUUUUCCGAAAUCAAGCAUCGUGCAAUCAGGGUCAGAGACCCAGAACCCCAAAGGUACCAACCCAGCGCCCCUCAGGGCUGCUGCAAUUCGGCUCAAAACGUCUGCUCUGCCUCGAGAAACACAAACGUGUACUCCACGCUGGACCAGAGGAACCGGGAGCCCCAACAAGUGAGCACGCUUCACCCUCCAAGGCACACAAGAGCUGAUACAAUGGCCACCCAGCCACCUGGCCACACUCCGCUGCCCUCCACUCCUUGGGCUUUGCCCAGUGCUGAGACUGACUUUGCUGCAGGAGGUCUCUGCCAUGGGAGAGACGAGGAGUGCUUGGGAGAGAGUGGCCAUCUGCCCGAAGAAUAUUUGAUCCCUCCGCCAUACGCUCCUGGAUACAGGCCCAGCUAGGAGACGGAAUUUCCGAACGGGACGACUAAAAUGAUAGCUUCGGAAACGGUUCAACUGGAACCAGUCAACACAAGACUUGUAAUGAAUCAGCCUCACUGUCCUGGGGGUCGAAGUCUUAUUUCAUUCAGCGUUUUAAGCAAAACAAAUACAAAAGUUCACACUCAGAACUCGAGCAAGGCUUUUAGGGUUUGUUUGGGUGGAUCCUUUUGGGAUGAAUUAUUAGAGUAAAGUGCAAAGAGGGGUUGAGAUAAGGAGGUCACUUGCCACUUGCCAGUAAUUUGUCGCAAAUGUAACAUGACACUUUAUAUUUAUUCAGCGCCUUUCGUAUCAGGAGGACG